AUGUGUUUAAGCUUCUGUCAUCAUGACGACAGGCAUAAAAUGAAAACGACCUUCGAAUGGGUGCAAGGACUGAAGAAGUUUCAAUUUGGAUUUUUAGGUGAUCAUAUUUUGUGUAUAAAAUGUGGUCCAUCAAUAAAAUUUCAUGAUAUAUUAACUAAUAAGGUUGAAACACUUCAUUUGUUCACAAAAUACUCCACUGUUCUAUCUAUACAUCCACUAGAACCUUAUUUUGCUGUAACAGAGUUAUGUAACGUCAACCCAAAGGUUUACGUCUACAGUUAUCCGCAAAAGGAUGAAAUUAUUUUGAAAAAUGCUGCCAAAUUGCAGAUACAACAGUCCAUCUUUUCCUAUACCAAGUAUUAUGCAACAGUGUCUGGCAUACCUGAUUUUAUUCUAUCUAUAUGGGAUUUUCAUUCUUGUGAAAUAUUGUGCAAAACUAAUUUAAAUGGACUACAUUUAACAACAUUCAGCUUUUGUCCGACAGAUUGGCAUUAUCUCUUGGGAACAGAUCAUCAUUGUAUACAUGUCUGGCAGGUUGAAACAUGUGACCGGAUAAAUUCUAUUAAAUGCAAUUCGAUGAUAUUACCAGAACGUACCGUUAGUCUUGGGCCAUAUUAUGGAACACAUAACACUGAGACCAAUGGAGAUACUGCAAGUAUACGACAUGAAACAAGAUUUGAUCCAAAUAUACUGAAAUCUUCAAUUACAGGAAUCAAUGAAUCCAGAGAAGAGGAGUUUGACGAUUAUAUGGACAUAUCUGUUCGAUUAAAUUGCGUUUCACAGACUUGGACAAAUUCAAAAUUAGUUUUUAUCGGCUGUGAAGGAGGCCAGUUGUUAUUGUUUGACCCCCUCAGCAUGAAUGUGAAAAUUUUAUUGAACCCAGCUUCUCGUUGUCAGUGUCUCAAAGAAGCGUCUGAAAGUACUCCUGAUAGAACUGAUUGCAAUUGUGAUUUAAUUUCAACAGAGUCUUCAUUAAUUAAUUCAGAAGUGGAAAUAGUCAAUAAACUAGAAGGAUGUUUAACCUAUAUAUUAUAUACAACGCAUGGUUUAUUAGCCGGGGGUAGUGAUGGUGUUCUACGUUUACUAAUUUUAAGUAAAGCAACAAAAACGAUAGUUAAUAAAAUAAAUCCACUCAACAAACAAAGUGAUCAAUUAUCUGUCAAAGUAAAUGAAGCAUCAUUAGCAAAAAAUAGUGAAAAUUAUUUAUUCAACACUGAAAUUCAAAAUUGUAUAAAUCUCUAUAAAUUUGAAAACUUGAUACAAAAUAAUCGAUACCAUUGGGGUAGAAAUAUUACAGGUUUGAGUAUAUCAUCGUCUUAUAGACAAAUUGCAGUUAGUUGUCGGCUUGGUUAUUUGAGUUUAUUUAGUUUACAUGAUUCUCUACAGUCUACUCUCAGUCCUGAUAAAGAAAUGUUUACUAACUGUGAUCGAUUUGUUGGAAUGGGACUAAUUAGAUUUGAAAAAUCAAUAAUUUGUGUUACUGCAGGAACUACCGGUAUAAUCAAUUGUUGGGAUUGUAUAACUGGAGAAUUGAUUGGAUCGUUAUUUCUCAAUCAUACAUGUCAUUGUUUGGCCAUUUCACCAGUUUUGCCUUUGGCAGUUGCUGGAAUGAAUUCUGGCUCUAUAAUGUUUAUUGACUUUACUAGUCCCACUUCACCGAGAAUUGUAAAUGUUAUUCGACUCUAUCGUAAACCUCUAACACAUAUUGCAUUCGACCCUGAUGGUGAAUUUUUAACUACAGUAAUAGAUGAUGGUCCAAGUAUUUUAGUAUCAGCAUUACCUAACAAAUCUUUUGAACCAAUAGGUUAUGUGUCAUUUAGUGGUAGAGUGCAUAAUUUAAGCAUGAUUCGAUCAAAAGAUUCACAGAAGAUCUUUGUUCUUCUUGCUGUUAGUAAUGAUACUAAUAAAACUGCUGAGGCUGUAUACCAGUACGAAAUACCAGCUGAAAUUGGAAGUAAUAAUGAAUUAGACUAUGUUGAUAACUAUCGAAAACUAAAUGAAGAUAAAAUUAAGCUUAUCAAAUGGAAUUUUCAAAAACCGAAGGUUGGUGUCUGCUAUUGGCCAUCAAAUGAUGUUUAUGAAUCAACAUCACCAUUGUUAAUUACAGCUGAUUCUCAAUAUCAUAGAUUGGAAAUAUUUUGCAUCGAUGAAUCACAAAAGAAACAAAAUCUACUACAUAUUACCACAGAGUACACUUAUGACAUUUUACAAGAAUCAAAAAGCAUCAAAUUUACAAGAAUAUCUGGUACUAAUUCAUUACUAGCUUAUUCUAUGGAUGGAUCAGUUCAAAUUAUUAGUAUAAAUGAAACUGUUUCACUUCAGUGUUCCAUAAAUAUUCAUGAAUCUAAUUCACGUGGUAUAAUCGCUGCAGAAUUCUGUAAAGAUUUGAAUAGCUUAAUCACAUGUGGUGGAGAUGGUUUAUUAGCCAGAGUUAAAAUAAGUGAAGGUACAAUUACGGAAUCGAAAGUCGGUUUAUUUCCAAGUUUAAGAUCGUUACAUGAACAACUAACUAAAUUAAAAGAAAUGAAAAGUUGUGAGAUAACACAAAAUCAAUCACAUUCAAAUGUUAAUCUUUUACAAAAUCCUAAUGUUUUACCAACAUUACCCCAUCAGUCUGGUACAAGCUUUUCAUUAUUUGAUCAACAAAUAUUGAUAGAUGCUGAUGAAGAUACAGAUUUAGAAGAGUUUUCCUAUUAUAAAAGAGAUACUGACUCAAAUAUUAACACAUGGAUAGAAUCUUGCCAGCUUAAUGCUGAAGCUUCAGAAGACUUGAUUUUUGGAGAAACAAAGACAAGCAUUCUUAAUGAAUUGAAUGAAAUCAGAAAUAUAGUCAAUGCUAUGGUCAGUGAAAAUGAAAGUCUUCCUGAGUUUCAACGUAUUGGCAGGUUAGAAUUUGAGCUAGAUAUUGAUGAACAAAGUGUCAUUUUAGAAAAAACGAAGGAAGAGGUCAACCAGCUUCGAAAAGAAAUAAACUUAAGAAAUUUAGCAAAACAAUUUACUUGGCAAGUUAUUAAAUCUCAAUGUUGGGAUGAAAUGUUUGUCAAGGGAAGAUGCUUAAAAGCGUUCAAUUUACCAAUUCAAGUUACAAAUUAUCCAUUAAAGAAUAUUACAAACAGUGAAAAACAAUUAAUUAAUACUGUUAUUGCUAGAAUGAAAAUUAUUCAUGCAACAGCAAAAGAAAGAGAAUUACUGUCUUCACAUUUAUUUCAAUCAAAUAUAUUAAAAAAGCCCAGUCAAGAACAAAAGGAAGAAGUAGAUGAGGAAGAGGAAACAGAGCAAUCAAUAAAUCGGAUUCUUCUUGGAAGUACUGCCAGAGAACAAGGUGGAUCGAUUGAUCAUGGUUAUGGUCAAAUGGAACUUUAUACACGAAUGCAAAAGAUUUAUCAAAUUGUUUUGAUAAAAGAUGCAAUUUAUCGUAUGAAAGAAUCUUUCAACAAACAGUUCGAUGAAUUCUAUGAAAAGAAGGCAAGUCACCUUUCUAACAUUCAAACUAAAUUAUCAAGAAUACGUAAGAUUCAUACGGAUCUUCAACAACCACAUUUAAUAAAACAUCUCACUAGUCCGAAAUUUGAUCCCGACGAAGAGCCAGAACAGCUGUUUAUUGUUACAGAUGAUGAGAUAACAGUGGAAAAGUAUUUUUCACCUGAGCAGUUAGCUGAAAUUCAGUUGAAACGAUUAGCUGACGAAGAAAGACGACGUAAGGAAAAGUUGGAUAAUUGGCGUGAAAAAGGUUUGGAGGAAAUGAUGGGUGGUGUGUUAGAGAUUACAAAAGAAGAUGAAUUGAAAAAAGAUGUCCCAAAACCAGCUUUUUUAUUAACUGGUAAACCAUCAGUUCAUUGGACGGAAGAUGAUAAACAAAUGCAUGCAGAGUAUGAACGUAAAGUAAAAGAAUUAAAUGAAGAAAGAGAAAAAUAUAAAAAGUUUUUAGAAGGUGAUUUAAAAAAGAUUAACAAUGAAAUAGAUGAAAUUAAAGAAAAAUUUGAUGAGGAGCUAACUUCUCUAUUUAAUAAAUGGCUACAUGUUCAAGUGGCUAUAUUACAAGAAGAAUUAAAAAUAUGGAGGCUUAAAUGGAUGUUACUUACUGAAGAGGAAUUUAUUAAUAGAGAAUAUGAAUUAAAACAAUCAAUUAAUGAAUUAUAUAAGAAGGAAGUACAAAUUACCAAAAAUUUAGAAACAGCCAAAUCAAUAUUAAACCAAGUUCAAGAAGAAACUGAACUAUUGUCUGCUGAUGAUAAAUUAUUGGAAAAAAAUCUUCGAAAAGAAUUCAGUGAUAUACAUGGACCGUUAUAUGAUUUUGUUGUCAAAGCUUAUAAGAAACGUCCAAAGUACUUCCUUUUAGCUCCUUUGGAGAAAAAGAUUGAUCAGACUGGAAAGGAUGCACAAUUUUCUAAACAACUAAAUCCAUAUAUCGAAAAAAUAUGGCAAUCAUCUCAGUCAACCAAACAAACUAGCUUACUAGAAGAAAGUCUGGUAGAACUAGAUAAUGACUCUUCACGUGAACAGCAGCCUGGGUGUGAUAACGCUUUAUGGAGUAGGUUGUGUGCAGCAAGACGCCGGAAGAUUAAUAAAGAGUUGGAAAUUAAAUUUGCCACUCAGAAGCUAGAUGACAUUAUAAAUUUUAUUCGUAAACGUGAUCGUGAUUUACAAUCAUUACAUAAAUUGUUAGAAGAAAGAAAGUGUCAAUUAGAUAGUUUAAUAAAAGAUUAUAAUCGAAAUCAGACAAAUUUAGAAUUACAAUUGUUAAUAAAACAAGGAUUUGUUGAAGUUAAUAUUAACCAAUUCACAUUACUCCAUGAUUAUGAUGAUGCAUUAUUAAUACAAAGAGAGCAAGUUGAAGAAUUGAAUAAACAGAUAAUUGUAUUAGGCGAAUCAAAAGUAUCACAUAUGAUAAGAAAUAAAGAAUUUAAAAAAAGAUUUUAUCACCUUGAGUGGGAACUAAGUGAAAUGUUAAUGCAUUAUGAAGAUUUACAAACCAAGUUAGGCGAUAUACGAAGAUUUAAAAUAACCAGCGAAAUACGAAAAUAUCUUCAAUCAAAUGAUUAUGAUUCUUUAAUCAAUACACAAAUUACAAAUACUGAACGUACCAUUCAAAUGUUACAAGAAAAUCACGAAAAAACAAUGGCUCAGAAACUUGCUCGUCUUCGCCAAUAUGAAAUACAUCAAGGCGAAAAACUUAAGAAAGAGAAUGAAAAGGCCAAGAAAGAAAUAGAAGAAAUGAAUGUUGUUUUACAUGAAACGAAGUUCAUUCAUGAACAAAAUCAUAUGAAAAGUGAUCAUCUCAAUAAUCCUCAACUUCGACAUAAACUAUUAAUUCAACAUCAAAAUAUUAUUAAAAAAAUUAAAGAACAAACUAAAGAAUUAAAAAUACUUCAAGCUGAAUUAACUUAUUUACGUCAACAAAAAUCAAAUUUAAAAUUAUAA